AUGAACAACACUUAUACUAGCGAACCACAGAUGCCACACAGAACAAAAAUGAGACCGCUACCAGUGCUAGAAGAAUACUGCAUUUCACCACACCAUGGGUUUUUGGAUGGCCUGUUACCCUUGACCAGGCUGUCCAGCAAGAAAUACAAGAAAUGGGAAGAAAUCGUUGCCGAACUACCCUCUCUUUUGCAAGAGGGGAGCAAGGUGCGGACUGCUAUCGAUGAGUUGGAUGUCUUAGACUUGGACGACACCAUACUGGGUGACGUCAGGGAGCUCAGAAGAGCUUAUUCCAUCCUGGGAUUUAUGGCACACGCUUAUAUUUGGGCCACCGGGACUCCCCGGGACGUUCUACCGGAAUGUAUUGCAAGGCCGCUGUUGGAGACAGCGGACAUUUUGGGAGUACCCCCAUUAGCUACAUAUUCCUCGUUGGUGCUAUGGAACUUCAAGGUUGCCGAUAAGUGCAAGAAAACGGAACCCGGGUAUUUGGACUUGGAAAAUAUUACCACCAUAAAUACCUUCACGGGGACCGUGGACGAAAGCUGGUUUUAUCUGGUCAGCGUGCGGUUUGAAAAAAUCGGCAGCUCUUGUUUGAACCAUGGCUUGGACAUAUUGAGGGCUAUUAGGGACGGCGAUAAGGACGGCGCCGUGAUAAACGGGUUGGAGAACUUGGCUGCUGCCAUCGAAAGAUUAUCAAAGGCUUUGAUGGAAAUGGAGACCAAGUGUGAACCAAACGUGUUUUACUUCAAGAUAAGACCAUUUCUGGCCGGAUGGACUAACAUGUCACAUAUGGGUUUACCGCAAGGUGUUCGGUAUGGCGCCGAGGGUCAGUACCAGAUCUUUUCUGGCGGGUCCAAUGCGCAAAGUUCGUUGAUACAGGCACUAGACAUUCUGUUAGGCGUGAAGCACACUGCCAAUGCUGCGCAUUCUUCCAGGGGGGACAGUAAGAUUAACUACCUGGACGAAAUGAAAAAAUAUAUGCCGAGACAACAUCGCGAUUUUCUUUACCAUUUGGCCUCGGUGUGUGACAUUCGCGAAUAUGUAUUCCUUCACAUUUCGAACCAGCCCUUGCAAGAGGCGUACGGUCAUUGUAUUUCCAUGCUGCAAAAAUUUAGAGACAACCACAUUCAGAUCGUCACCAAAUACAUUAUUUUGCCCUCCAACUCGAAGCAACUCGCCCCCAAGAAAAAAGAAGUGCUAAAUCCAAUCGAACCCAACACCAAGACAUGUGCUUGCUCCGGACCAAAAACCGCCUCGUCCAAGACCAUCGGAACCGGCGGUACGAGAUUAAUGCCCUUCUUGAAACAGUGCAGAGACGAAACCGUUGCCGCUGUGAAGACCAAAAAUAAGAAUAAAAAUUGA